AUGGCGUGGUACUGUUCCGGGUCCACUAACAAUGAGUUGGUGGAGAACUUGGUCAAGGUCGAGCUCAUUAAGAAUGAACGCGUCAAGGAAGCCAUGCUGGGCGUUGAUCGAGCUCACUACGCUCCAUCGCGGCCCUACUCGGACUCGCCUCAACGCAUCGGACAUGGGGCCACCAUCUCUGCUCCACACAUGCAUGGCCAGGCCUGCGAGUACCUCAUUGACCAUCUCCAACCCGGCUCCAAAGUACUAGACAUCGGGUCGGGCUCCGGCUAUCUCACUCAUGUCUUUGCCAACCUAGUCACGGCCCCCGGUCCAUCAGACCAGGGCCAAGUCAUUGGAAUUGAACACAUUCCCGAACUCGUGGAGCUGGCGCGGACCAAUAUGAACAAGUCCGACGACGGCCAAAAGCUGUUGGAAUCUGGUAAGGUCAAGUUUAUCACCGCGGAUGGGCGUCUGGGAUGGAAGGAAGGUGCCCCGUACGAUGCGAUCCACGUUGGCGCAGCCGCUGAGCAGCUUCACCCCGUUUUAAUCGAGCAAUUGCGAGCUCCCGGUCGCUUGUUCAUACCGGUUGGUUCAUCGAAUGGCCAAGGUUUCAUGAGCAGCGUCGGUGGAGGCCAGUACAUAUGGGUCGUGGACAAAAGGGUAGAUGGCUCCGUUCAUAAGCAGAAGGUCUUCCAGGUCAAAUACGUCCCUCUUACGGACGCACCUCAAUCAUGA